GCAGUCUUUAAAUUCUCGCGCACUUGGGCUGCCCUGUGCACUCACCUGCUAGUCUGCAGCGAGUGUCCCACUUCUCUACGCUUCCGAGACUCUGGUCCACUGCUUUAGACGGGAGAUGUUGUUGCUUGAUUGCGAUCUGGAGGUGGAUAGCCUGAAGUAUUUGCUGGAGGCGGGGGCUUCUGUCAAUGCACCCCCGGAUCCUUGGGAGCAGUCGCCUGUCCACUUGGCCGCAGGUGGCGGCCUUGUUUACUUUCUUCUCUGGCAGCUGCAAACAGGUGCUGAUCUCAACCAACAGGAUGUUUUGGGAGAAGCUCCACUCCACAAGGCAGCGAAAGUUGGAAGCCUGGAAUGCCUUAGCCUGCUUGUAGCCAGUGAUGCCCAAAUUGAUUUAUGUAAUAAGAAUGGGCAAACAGCUGAAGAUCUUGCUUUGUCAUGUGGAUUUCCGGAAUGUGCUAAGUUUCUUACAACAAUUAAAUGUAUGCAGACAAUAAAAUCAAAUGAACAAUCUGAUGGGGAUCACUGUGUUCCAGUGUUCAGACAGAAACGAAGUUUUGGAAGUACAGAAAAUACAAAUGGGAAAAGGAGGUGCUGGUAAGUCACUUAUAGCUGAUUCUUCCUUUCUUACUCAAGAUUCUCUUUUCUAGCAUAGAAUUUAUUGUUUCACUUAAAUAUUGAUAUUCUUAUUUCUAGGAUUAUCUCUUCAUUAAUAUUUUAAUACUGAUUAUAGUUUACUACUACUACUACUACUAGAUUCUAGAGACUAACAUUUAUUCUGCAUAGUGGAAAUUUGGGGAGAAAACAUUUUUUAAAAAAUGUUUUUAAUGCUAACAUAUUUUUUGAAAACAGAUGUCAUGUUGGUUAUGAAGCCGCAUGAAGAAGGGAUUCAUCCAUGCAGAUGUACAAGUGAUGGCUUUUGGCAUACUGUAUGUGUCUAAACUCCUGAGAAGGAGGAAACUUUCUUCCAAGUGAAGAGAAUAUUUAAGAAUACAUGUAUUUACAUGCCUGUAAUAUUUUGGUUGUGCAUGUUGUCUUUUUAUGUUAUUAAAGGAAUGUCUAAAGAAUAAA